AACUAACACUUUUGUUCAGUGCAUUUUCCAGUUUGUAUUUUGAUUUUCGGAUUCAGCCGGUAAAUUAUUUAACUUUUAAAUUUCAUAAAACUGUACGAUCAAAUACACAUAUUUCGUUAGUUGCAAUGAAACAAACGGGAAACAAAAAUCUCGGCUAUCGAGUUGAUUUUCUGAAAUGGAGCGAUAAAAUGGAUUUGUUGGCCGUUGGAAAUGAUAAAGGAGAAGUGAUUCUGCACCGCCUAAAAUGGACCAAAGUGUGGCAGUUGGCUGCCCCGGAAGAAGGAUUGCGGGUUCGAGGGAUCGCGUGGAGGCCUUUGGAAAAAGUUAUGUCCAUAGCUUACAGCAACGGGUUAAUUAUUUUAAUCAAUAUCGAGAAUAAGGAAGAAAUAUAUAGUUUCAACGUCAAAUCCGAUAUCACAUGCAUGAAUUGGACAGACAAUAUUAAGGAAAUUUCAUCAAAUGAUGCGAGUGUUGAUGCAAUUAAUAAUCAUACGACAUUCUUACCGUCGUUGCCUAAUUUAAACUCUCUAUCAUCAACUGCAAAGUCCACCGACUAUAACUCUUUGAAGUUCUAUUCCAAACAAAUACUUAACUUACUGAUAGUCGGUACGACCAGCGGAAAGGUACACCUCUCGGUAUUUGGAAUGCUAUCCUGUUGUGAGAUGGAUUUAUUCAAAAAAUUGAAUAUCACUCCAGAAGCGGCCACCAUAAAGGAUGCCAAAAUGAGUCCAAAUUUCAAGCAGCUUUUCGCUGUCGUGGAGAUGGAGGGAGUUAUAGAACUACUGGUAUUUGAAAACGACAUCCUACAAAGGUAUUCGACGUCGUUGCUGAACCUUGCUAUCAAACAUGCACAUAUUUUAGGAACAAUGGCCUACAUCAACGACACAAUAGAGUGUAUUGUUGAAGCUUGGGAAACAGUAUUACUUGAAAUGGAUAACAAAUUGACCAAAUACGCAAACAGUCAGCCACAAGGAUCUAUUUCCGCAGACUUUCUGGAAUUAUUAAUGUUUGGUUGCACAUCCCCUGCUUUGGAGCAGUUUUUGUUACGGGAUCUGACCGAGAAAGGUUUGAAAAAAUUAGGCAACAGUAUUGAGCUGAGUUACUCCACCAUUCAAAAGUUAGUCGUAAAACCACUACAUACGGCAAUAUGUUCUGUGUUCUAUCAUCUGAAUUCUCUUCAAGGUAUGAUAAGGAAUACGUACUAUUAUAAGCCUUUACUAGGAGAGGUUCCGAAUGACGCUCUUGUGAAUUGUGCUGCUUUUUUAAUAAAGGCACAUGAGCUGCAGCAAACUAUCGACACUUCGACAAGAGAUUUCAAAAUUUUCUUUCAUUGGUUGUAUAUCGUUAUCGUCCGUUUGAUGGAUGAAACCCUGCCAGAAGAUAGUCAAUCGAUAACGCAGCAAGAGAUAAACUACCUUUCAGAAUUUUUGGACAAUUUUGAUGUCAACUCAACGAAGGAUUUCGUCGAAGAAACAAAUGUUGAAGAGAAGAAACGUAAGUUCAAUCUCGAACGAGUUGGACAGUAUUUGGAAGACAAACCACUAGUUUACCCACCCAAAAUGGACAUUUCUAAUCAGUGGUCCACAUUAUUAGAGCAGAACGAAUGUCUCAAAAACUGUCCCUUAAUAUUUCCACAUCAUGAUAACAGAUCCCUUGUGCAACAACACAAUCUGUUAAAAGCCAGUAUCGAUAGAAUAUUUGAGAAACCAAUUACUGUCAUCGGUCAAGAUUUCAAACAGAAAAGCGCUCUUUCACUGCGAUGUUCGUCCGAAAACAACAGCUUUCAGACAGUCGUUAACCAUUUCAACACUAAGGAAAAUAACAUUACAUUGUUUGCUUUUCUCGAAUCGGAAAAAAGUCUAAUUUUAAUCGAAUGUAAUGCAGCGUCUUCAUUGCGCUCAAUUCGCCUUAGCUUUGCUGAAAAGCCAUUCUUUGAAACCCGUCUUAUCAACAUCGGGGAGCUCUCAUUUCGACACGUUCAAUUCUAUAACGAAGAAACCCUUUCACUGCUGCUACGCUCUCAAAAUCAGAACCAAUCGCGACCCCAGAGCUAUUUUCUUCAGCUUCCACUACAACGAGUGCGGGAACUCUUGGAGGCAGUUCCCUUUGUUAGCAGUCAAAUCGUAACGCCGGAGCAAAGCUGUCGGAUCGUCAAUGCCUAUAAUUUGAUCAGCGAUGGCGCUUUGAAACUUCUGGAUGGACUGGAUGCCGCCCGGAUUGCCGUUUCCGGUACGCGUAAUGUAACAGCCAUUGUUUCGGAAUCGCUCAAAACUGUGCGCAUCUACGACAUGGAUCCUCAGGAGGACGAAGAUGAACUGUUGCUGCUGCAGGAAUCCUCGCAAAACAAUAGUAGUUUCGACAAUAGCAAGGAAUCGAUACAAUCGUAGUAAUUUAAGGAAGUUAAGAAAAUAUACGUUAUUCAAGGCAUUUCGAAGAGAACAAAGAACGCUGCCAAGUUGCACUAUUAGCCGUUUACAUAGCUUACUACUUUAUGUGUGGUAAGGGUACGUUCCUGGAGUGUGUCACAAUCUGAAUCCUAUGUCUACUUACCGUAAAAGAAUCCUAGAACAACUUCUGAUUCGAUUUAACGAGUUCAAAAAUAAACUCAACAGUUUGUGUUGGAACGCGGGACAACACAAUCAAGGACUGUUUGAUCUCUGGAAAUCUUACUCAUAAUUACACUUAAAAAUUAAAAAUAAACUCUACCGGUUGGACUCUAGGGACUCUAGCCCUAAUUUACAGUCAUUUUCAUGUGGCCUCACUGUUGUUGUUGUUCUUUUGAUCCAGUUUGUUUGAGUUGGACUUGACCAUGUAGAUAAAAUAGGUGAGAAUUUCUUUCUCCUUGAUGGGGAUAGUUUUAAAAUGCUUCAUAAUUGUCUGUUGAAGUAAAGAGAAAAAAAAGGUAUUAUUCGAGAAUUUACAUGAUAAGUAGUAGAUGAAUUUACCUCUGAUA